AUGGACGCACUAAACGGCAAGGAGCAGCAGGAGUUCCAGAAACUGGUGGAGCAGAAGCAGAUGAAGGACUUCAUGCGGUUGUACUCGAACCUCGUGGAGCGGUGCUUCAUGGACUGUGUGAACGACUUCACGUCGUCCAAACUGACGAACAAAGAGCAGAGCUGCAUCAUGAAGUGUUCUGAGAAGUUCCUGAAGCACAGCGAGCGUGUCGGCCAGCGGUUCCAAGAGCAAAACGCCGCGAUGGGCCAAGGCCUGAACCGUUAA